GAAACGAAACGACACCAGUCUUGUCAUAGAAAUAUGCCCAACAAAACCAAGAAAGAUAAGACCCCGGCAAAAUCUACGGGUGGCGAAAAAAAGAAUAAAGAGUCAUCGGAGACAACCGACGAGUCUGGACGAAAUAAAGUUGGUAACGUUCCUCCGCCCACGCAGUUGACCAAAAUCAAAUACGGGCAGCAAGCACCAUUGAUAAAGAAAGAAAGGAGACAGAAUUCAUCCAAAUUUAAUAUAAGCAAGAACAGAGAGCUUCAGAAAUUACCACUUUUGAAAGAUGCCACUCCUGCUGAAAGAGAAGAUUUGUUUACCCAGAAGUUAAGACAGUGCUGUGUUCUGUUUGACUUUAUAUCAGAUCCAUUGAGUGAUCUGAAAUGGAAAGAAGUGAAAAGAGCUGCACUAAAUGAAAUGGUUGAAUACAUCACGCAUCAAAGGGGGGUGGUUACGGAUGCUAUCUAUCCAGAAGCCGUAAAUAUGUUUGCAAUCAAUAUGUUCCGUACAUUACCACCUUCUUCUAAUCCGAAUGGAGCUGAGUUCGAUCCAGAAGAAGAUGAACCUACUCUAGAAGCAGCAUGGCCACACCUUCAGCUGGUGUAUGAAUUUUUUCUGAGAUUUUUAGAGUCGCCAGAUUUCCAACCGAACACAGCGAAAAAAUACAUUGAUCAGAAGUUUGUAUUACAGUUGUUAGAUCUUUUUGACAGCGAGGAUCCAAGGGAGCGAGAUUUUCUCAAAACUAUACUACAUAGAAUUUAUGGUAAAUUUUUAGGACUCAGGGCCUACAUUAGAAAGCAAAUCAAUAAUAUAUUUUACAGGUUUGUGUUUGAAACGGAGCAUCAUAAUGGAGUUGCGGAAUUACUUGAAAUUUUAGGAAGUAUAAUAAAUGGUUUUGCAUUGCCAUUAAAAGAAGAACAUAAAGUGUUUUUGUUGAGAGUGUUACUACCUCUGCAUAAAGUCAAGUCACUCAGUGUAUAUCAUCCGCAGUUGGCGUAUUGUGUGGUACAGUUCCUAGAGAAAGAUCCUAGUCUUACAGAGAGGGUUAUAAUGGGUUUACUGAAGUUCUGGCCUAAGACCCAUAGUCCUAAAGAAGUUAUGUUUUUAAAUGAGCUGGAAGAAAUAUUAGAUGUUAUAGAACCGUCAGAAUUUGUAAAAGUUCAAGAAGCGUUGUUUAAACAGUUAGCCAGAUGCGUGUCCAGUCCACAUUUUCAGGUUGCAGAGAGGGCGUUAUAUUACUGGAACAAUGAAUACAUAAUGAGUCUAAUCAGUGAUAAUGCGCAAGUAAUUCUGCCUAUCAUGUUUCCUUCACUCUACAAAAACUCCAAAGCACAUUGGAAUAAAACAAUUCACGGCCUUAUCUACAAUGCUCUGAAACUGUUUAUGGAAAUGAAUCAAAAAUUAUUUGAUGAAUGCACUCAACAAUACAAACAAGAAAGACAAAAAGAAAAAGAGAAGCUGAAAGAAAGAGAAACAGCUUGGCAUAAAGUCCAUACCUUAGCUAAAGUGAACCCUAUGUCUGAGAAAGUAGGGAAAAAAUUUAACAUUGAUGCCAUGGAUACAACGGUUUCUAUGUGUGAUCAAGACGAUUUGCAUGUACCAGAUCGCAUGGAAUUAGACACAGGAGUAAAGGAGGUUAAAAAAAUCUCAAAAGCAAAACCGGAAAACAAACCACUUCUGAGACGAAAGUCUGAACUGCCUCACGAUGCUUACACAGUACGGGCGUUAACAGAUCACAGACGUUCUGAAGAAUUCCUCACAACAUCACAAGAAAGCAGUUGAAGCCAAUCUAACCACUAGAUCUAUUGACCAGCAUUGUAACGUGCUUCUGGUCUGUCUGUCUGUCUGUCUGCCUGCCUGUCUCUGCAUUGCUCUCUCGUCUAUUUCUUGGCAAUGUGUAGAGUGUGAAGUGCUCUGGACCAAC